AUGUGGGGCACCUCUUUCUGCCACUUUACCCCGCCUAAAUUCAAGCUUCCCCAAGCUAUCUCACCACCAUCACCACCACAGGUCGCAUUAACCCACCUCACCAUCACCACUUUGCGCAAAUCCCAAUCCCACCCCCAAAUCCGCCCACACACACCAUUCAAAAUGGGCUGGUUCAACGGCUGGUUCGGCGGGAGCCCAGACAACUCCUCCUCCGACCCCCUCGCCCACCUCGAUCCCAAACUCCGCGAAUUCCUCCAAAAAGAAGCCCCCGUCAAAUACACCCCCUCCUCCGAAUCCUCCCCCCCAACCCCCGCCGUCCCACCACAUCGCCAGCUCGACCAAAAAUCCCAAGACGACCAAACCGCCGCCUCCCAAUCCACCGUCCCCCCCGAAUCCCUCUUCCCCGACGGCCGCUACGCCCACCUCUGGAAAACCUACACCCCCCAAUCCACCAUCGAAGCAGCAACCAAAACCGACCACGAAAAACUCAUGGACGUCCUCGACUCGUACAAAGAUCGCAAAGCCGCCAUCGGCCGCGCCGCCCUCGAAAACUGCGCCGACGAGCAAUUCACCUGGGCCACGUGCAUGAAAUCCGGGGGGGUCAAAGCCCGGCUGACAAUGUGCUCUGACGAGGUCAAGAAAUUCGAGCGCUGCUACAACAACCAAUCCCGUCUUUUGAAAGCGUUGGGGUACCUGAACACCUAUGGGAGAAGCGCCGAGGAGGAUGAGAUGAUUCAGAUGAGGGCCGAUGAGCUGUAUCAUCAGAUGUUGAGGCAGGAGGAGGAGAUCAAGAGGGCCAAGGAGGAAGGGAGGGAGGCGCCCGAGUUUAGGAGUGUGCUGGAGGAGGCUGCAAAGGUUAGGCAGUGGCAGCAGGAGGCUGCUGGGGAGGCGGCUGGGAAGGUGAAUAUUCCACCGCCGCCGGCCGAGUUGAUCGCGAGUUGGAAGGAAAAGUUGGAGAAGUUGCCUGAGCAGGAUAGGGCGGCCGAGGAGGCGGCGUUGAGGGCGGAUUAUAGGGCUAAUGCCGAGAUGGCGGCGAGUAUUCAAGGCCUGUGGCAGGAGCAGGCGAAACAGAGGGAGGAGAGGAAGAAGAAGGGCGAGGAGACGUUUAUGGAUCGGUUUAGGGGCAUGGUUGCUGUGGGGAAGGUGACGGAGAAGAAGGAGGAUAACAACAAAUAG